AUGUCGAAACUCAGAAGGAUGAUAGAGUGCGGCAAGCAAAUGGCUUCAGGAACACCAUGCGCCAAAGAAACAUUUGUGCAUAGGCCACCCAUAUUCAAUCUAGAUAUUACUAGUGUGGAGGAGUAG